CAACGGAUCAAACAUAACAUAAAUUUCCUUGUUAGAUGCCACUCUAUUUUAAAGAAUGGUGGUGCUGCUUUUCUUAAGAAAACAAGUUGUACGAAAAACUUAUGUACGUGCAAUGCUGGUUGCAGUUGCAGUCACGCUAGGUGAAUGAUAUGUAAAUGCUAUUAUGCUGUAUGAUUACAAACCUGUGCGGGGAAUAUUAUAAUAAUAAACCGUACUUGUGUGCUGAAGCUGAUGAUAAUUAAGUUGCUCCCAGUGUUAUUGUUAAGUUAAGAGGAGAACGCCGGCCGUCUGUGGAAGCAUGGCUUCUUCCCAACGACAACUUCAGCGCCAACCACCGACCCGAGGCAUUCCGAUGCCGGGCACGGUGGAGAGAAAUUCCGAUCCGCAGAGAAAGUAUGGAAAGACGAUCGUCGGGAUUACAUCAACAUUAUGGCCGAUCCGAGGGUAUGGCGGGGAAUUACAACGGAUUUGUAUAAGAAGGGCGCUCUCAUCGAGGACACCUCCAGAGCCGAGAUGGCCUUGUCGAAGAAUCCACAAACGACGUCGUCACUGAGACUGGGAAGAAAGUUCACCGGUCGCACCACUGACCGCAAAGGUCACUUGAACGUCCAGCUAAAAAAAUGGGGGAAGGUAAAAGCGGUCGGUGUUGGAGCGGGUGAUAACGGGCCGAAUGUGCUGCUGGAGCCGCUAGACCGCCCGUUAGAUGACGACAUCCUUCAUGAAGAGGAGCGCCGGCGCAUCUGUCCUCUUACGCCUGAACUGACUCAAGCCACAUCCAGUGCGGAAGUCAGCACGGAUAUUCCGCUAGGUGAGCUCUUCCGCUUCGAUGUCGAGGUGAAGCCACUGCUGGAAAUACUCAUCGGACAGGCGCUUGAAGAGAGUUUGUUGGAGGUGUAUCAAGAGGAAAAUGUUUUAUUCGCGAAAGAAGAGGAUUACGAUCGGCAAGAACAACGCAACUGGCGACGUGUCGAACGCCAACGGCUACAAGGGCAGGCCCAGCGAGCGGACGUUGAAAAGAAAACGCGGUUGUUAGAGACGGCAAUAAUCAGUGAAGAAGAAGCGGAGCAGGUCGAGCAGGAAAGCUUGCGGGCCUUUGCCCGGAUGUUCCUGGAGGCGCUCGUGCCCAAUGUCUUUGUGCGCCUGCGACAGAGAGGGUUUUUCACGCAUCCCAUGCGCAAAGAAAUGGACAGCGACUUUCUACCUUGGUUGACGGAGAGUAUCAGCCGGAGGCUGGAUGAGUAUUACGCUGUUAAUUUAGUUGUGGAAGGGCUGAUGCGAGCAGUGUUGAUUGAAAAUCGGCUGGAAUACAGACGCAACAUGACGUCAGCCGCGAAGACUAUUCGUGGACGGGACCUUACUUCACGGAAAAAAUAGCAGGCCUAACCCGAAGUCUUCGUUAACCGUACUUGUUUUUCCUUUCAAUUCACGAUAAUCAACAUUGCAUUCUUAAAGUUUUUACUUUGAAUAACCAACUUUACUGUAUAUUUCUUAAUGCUUUAGUUUGUGCACAUUAUGAGCAUCAUAUGAAUCUGCUUCGUUAUAAGAAAAUUCCAUUUCUGAUGUGCAGUUGCGCAUGUAUCUGUACAACUGUGUUUUGCAUCCUGCAGUUCGCAUGUCGGACUCACGGCCUGCUGCUUCUUACGAGUAUAAUCAGAGGCCGGCACAAAGUUGCCGACGGUAGAUUUUAGGUCUUCAUAAAUAGUCCGGCAAAGGCGGUUGCUAAGAUGUCAUAACACCAUUUAUAAUAUUAAAGGUGAUUUACGUUAUAACUGUCUUUAGAGGAAUACGUGCACAAUAUGACGGUACAUUCGUCCAGCUAUGCCGACACCUGACCCUGGCGCGCAUCCACUGCAGUGGUCUGGCAUGCAAUACUGAUUAACGGCAAGACAAAUUUAUUGUCAUUUAUUCUUACUAAAAGCGCUCAUUGCAGUUCAGCACCGUUUUUCCUGAUGCAAGAGAGCAGAGAGCAAAAGAUCACAGAAACCUCAUACCGAUUAACUUCUUUUCUAGAUACCCUUAGAGUGCGUUCAGAGUACAAUAUGUUUGGCGCUUGAUUACUUCCGGCGUGUUGUAGUUGAUGAGCACCGACUGCUCAUCACGCCCAAGAGCCAAGUGCUCUCGAUGCCGUCAUAGCGGUCACACUGGCAAUGGAUGGCCUGGAAAGCAUCAUACGACGUCCCGUAACAUACACGCUCCUGGUAACCAGUAACGACAGACGGACGUUCUGGCGUGAAACACUAUCUGAAACUCUGGAGUUUCCACAUUUGUAGCUCUGGCAUCUCAAGAGCCGUUUGGUGUGAAUCGCCGCCAUCGACCGAAUUUCUGCGAAAGGGUGCGCAGCAGCGUGUGACCUGUCUACCAGUUUGUGCGCAAAUUUCUUGGUAAAUAGGUCUUCCCCAUGGCGAUUGCAUGAUUGGAUAAUUUGGAUUGUGUGCAUUAUGUUUGCUGCGCAUUAGUUUUUGGUGGACUGCGCUUUGCAGUCGGCGCGCAUUUCUGGCGCAUAAGCGGCGAGGACAGCAGUUGCUACAUAGUUAAUUUACUAUGUGUUUGACAUACCUGUACCAGGAAGCUGGGAACACAGACGAUGGUGGUCUUGUGCUGGGCCAGUACAAAGA